GCGGCUAGUGAAGCGUUUAAUGGCUAUGCCCAAACCCGACACCCGAUAUGGACAGGUGGUUGCCGCGGUGGUAAAUAUCACCUUCCCCCCGUCAACAUCAAUGCGCCUUCACCAUGGACCAUAGCAGAGACCCCUGCCCCUGGGUAGCCCUCAGCGACUUUGGCGGUGCCUUUUGUAUGGGAGUACGUGCCCUCUUCUUUCCAAUUCUUUGGCAUUACGUCACAACUCGACGUGCUAACAGCUCUCAGGCCAUCGGGGGAGCAGUAUGGCACGGCGUGAAGGGCUUCCGUAACUCUCCAUACGGCGAACGGCGCAUCGGCGCAAUUACCGCGAUCAAGGCGCGCGCACCAGUGCUCGGCGGCAACUUCGGUGUCUGGGGUGGACUCUUCUCGACAUUCGAUUGCGCGGUGAAGGGCAUAAGGAAGAAGGAAGACCCGUGGAAUGCCAUCAUUGGGGGCUUCUGCACUGGCGGAGCGCUCGCAGUUCGCGGCGGUGCCAGAGCUAUGCGAAACAAUGCGAUCGGAUGCGCAGUCCUGCUCGCUGUCAUCGAAGGUGUCGGCAUUGCCUUCUCGCGCAUGAUGGCCGAAAAUACACGACUCGAAGCUCCGCCGCCUCCGCCACAGCAAGCAGCCAUCGCAUGAGGAAGCGUCGAACAACCCUCAAUGCUGUCGCUGUGGAGAGCGAAUCGGACGGUACAAGCAUUGUAUAUGGCGUUUAGCGGAAUGGAUUGUUUGCUCUGUGUCUGAAUCACCGGUCGCCGUUACUGUAACACCAGGUACGCCGAAAUCUAUCCCUGGACCUAUGAAAUCCACCUCAAUCUGCGUUCUGGUCUGCGU